AUGUCUUUGCACUACCUUCCCCCCGUCAAGCCUUCGGCCAUCGCCCUCGGCACCAUCUUCAACCACACCACUGAGCUCGCCGAGUUCGUCUUCCCAACAGUCUUGACCCCUCUCUUCGGCCAGACCUACCAGCGCGCCAAGGCCGCCAACAGCAAGGAAGAGUUCCUCCGCUCCAAGGAGGCCAGCUCGGCCGCUGUCGCCUGGGGCACCUCCCUCGUCGGCUCCGCCCUCCAGUCCUACGGAGUCGGCGCCCUGAUCAACGCCACCGGCACGCUCUCCUACAAGGGCGCCGCCUACCUCGGCAGUCUGAUCUUCUUCGCUACCUCUGCUCCCGGCUACAUCUCCCAGGUCUUCGCCGAGAAGCGCCCUCUCGACACCGUCGGUGUCAGCGCCCUCGCCAAGGUCAUCGAGACCGUCGGUCUCUCCGUCUUCCUCACCUGGUGGGGAACCCGCACCAACCCCUUCGACUAA